UCUUUAAUUGUAAUUUAUUAAAACACUUGACUAUUUCACAAAAGAAGUCCCUGGAAGAAUUCUGGUCUCAGUAAUGUGCUGGGGAUUUGUGAGUGAACUUUCGAAGGAAAAACCAGAUUUAAAGAAAAGUGAAUAUCCUAUUUCUUAGGUUGGCAAGUAAAAAUCUCAGAUAGGGUUAUAGAAUGUCCUUUUUCCAGAUCUGAGACUAAAGUAAUGGAAGGAAGUGGUCACAGUGUAAUACAGACAAAGAGGAAGAGUCACAAUUUCAUAUAUGGGUUCUCACUCGUCUGUGUCUUUUAGUAAAUCGCUUAAACUCAGUAAUCACAUCAGCUGCUUAUUAUCUUGGGGGAGAGGAAUGAAUGAGAACUACACACACACACACACACACACACACACACACACACACACACACGGUGCUCUUGCGACAGGUCUUGCUUAAAUAUACCUCGGAUAAUCAUCACUUGUGUGCAGAUCUUCUUUCCUGUCGAGUUAGUUUCUAACCUGGUCAUUCUGCACUUAUUUUUGUCCUUUUCUCCACCCACUUGAGAAAAGCACAGAAUGCCACGCACCGCGCCACCCCCUAAAAGCGUGGCUUCGGGCUCGCGGCUGCCCUUGCUCCCCACCUCUGCACCUCUGGAGCUCCCCAGGCUCCAGGAGCCUGGAGCCACGAAGGGCUGCAGAAGCAGCAAGGUUCUCCGGGUGGGAGACCGGGGGUCUCCUGCGGGGCGGGCUGCAGGCCAUCAGGGGGCGGCGUAGUUUCAGGCCGGCUCCCGCCCGUCGGGUGUGCCCCGCCAGUCCAGUGCAGGGCAGGAAAGGGGCCAGGCGCCCGGAUCCCAGCCCCGCAGCUUCGGCGGUCCCAGGACCUGGACCUCUCAGGGCAGUUAAGGUGCGGUUUCCGAGGGUGUGGUGCAACGCAGGUGCCCGGCGGGGCUGCAGGGCCCGGGCUCGGCGGGGCGGGGCCGGGGCAGAUCCGGUGUUAGCCUGGCCGAGGGGCGGGGCGGGGCGGGCCUUGGCGCCCCAGGAGCUGCCAGGCAACUUUUCUCCGUCCUCACCCCGGCGGGGGAGAAAAGCUCUCGGGACGGCUUCUGAAGAGUCCGGGUUCUGGAGUCCCUCUGCAAACCGAGAGCAGCUACCGUCCCCGGGCAGGCUCAGGAUGCGGUCAGGAUGGACAGGGGGCGCGCCGUUGCUGGUGUUAGUGCUCAGUCAAGGCAUUUUAAAUUGUAUGGCAUACAAUGUUGGUCUCCUAGAAGCAAAGAUAUUUUCCGGUCCUUCAAGUGAGCAGUUUGGCUAUGCUGUGCAGCAGUUUAUAAAUCCAAAAGGCAACUGGUUACUGGUUGGUUCACCUUGGAGUGGUUUUCCUGAGAACCGAAUGGGAGACGUGUAUAAAUGUCCUGUUGAUCUGUCCACUGCUACAUGUGAAAAACUGAAUCUGCAAACUGCCACAAGCAUUCCCAAUGUUACCGAAAUGAAAACCAACAUGAGCCUUGGCUUGACACUCACAAGGAACGUAGGAACCGGAGGAUUUCUCACGUGUGGUCCCCUGUGGGCACAGCAAUGCGGAAGCCAGUAUUAUGCAACUGGUGUUUGUUCUGAUAUCAGUCCCAAUUUUCAGCUCUUGGCCAGCUUUGCACCUGCAGUUCAGACCUGCCCUUCCCUCAUAGAUGUUGUGGUUGUAUGUGAUGAGUCAAACAGUAUUUAUCCCUGGGAUGCAGUAAAGAAUUUUUUGGAAAAAUUUGUCCAAGGCCUGGAUAUAGGCCCCACAAAGACACAGGUGGGGUUAAUUCAGUAUGCCAACAUACCAAGAGUUGUAUUUAACCUGAACACUUUCAAAACCAAAGCUGCAAUGAUUGAAGCAACAUCCCGGACAUACCAAUUUGGUGGAGAUCUCACAAAUACAUUCAAAGCAAUUCAAUAUGCAAAAGAUUUUGCGUAUGCAGCAGCUGCUGGAGGACGGCCAGGUGCUACCAAAGUAAUGGUGGUUGUAACUGAUGGUGAAUCACAUGACGGUUCAAUGCUGAAGGCCGUGAUUGAUGAAUGCAACAAUGACAAUAUACUGAGGUUUGGCAUAGCGGUUCUUGGGUACUUAAACAGAAAUGCCCUUGACACCAAAAAUUUAAUAAAAGAAAUUAAAGCAAUUGCCAGUAUUCCAACAGAAAGAUAUUUUUUCAACGUGUCUGAUGAAGCAGCUCUACUAGAAAAGGCUGGGACACUAGGAGAACAAAUUUUUAGCAUUGAAGGUACUAUUCAAGGAGGGGACAACUUCCAGAUGGAAAUGUCACAAGUGGGAUUCAGCGCAGAUUACUCUCCUCAAAAGGAUAUUCUGAUGCUGGGUGCAGUAGGAGCUUAUGGCUGGAGUGGUACCGUGGUCCAGCAGACAUCUCAUGGACAUAUGAUCUUUCCUAAACAAGCCUUUGACCAAAUUCUGCAAGAUAAAAAUCACAGUUCAUAUUUAGGUUACUCUGUGGCUGCGAUUUCUACCGGAAAAGAUGUUCACUUUGUUGCUGGUGCUCCUCGGGCAAAUUACACUGGCCAGAUAGUGCUAUACAGUGUUGACAAGAAUGGCAAUGUCACCGUUAUUCAGGCUCACCGAGGUGACCAGAUUGGCUCCUAUUUUGGUAGUGUGCUGUGUUCAGUUGAUGUGAAUAAAGACACCAUUACAGAUGUGCUCUUGGUGGGUGCACCGAUGUACAUGAAUGACUUAAAGAAAGAGGAAGGAAGAGUCUACCUGUUUACUAUCACAAAGGGCAUUUUGAAUUGGCACCAGUUCCUUGAAGGCCCUAAGGGUGUUGAAAAUGCUCGGUUUGGUUCAGCCAUUGCAGCUCUUUCAGAUAUCAACAUGGAUGGUUUUAAUGAUGUAAUAGUUGGUUCACCUUUGGAAAAUCAGAACUCUGGAGCUGUGUACAUCUACAAUGGUCAUGAGGGCACCAUUCGCAUGAAGUAUUCCCAGAAAAUCUUGGGAUCUGAUGGAGCCUUUAGGAGCCAUCUCCAGUACUUUGGGAGAUCUUUGGAUGGCUACAGUGAUUUAAAUGGGGAUUCCAUCACUGAUGUGUCCAUUGGUGCCUUUGGACAAGUGGUUCAGCUCUGGUCACAGAGUAUCGCUGAUGUAUCUGUGGAUGCUUCCUUCACGCCAGAAAAAAUUACUUUGGUCAACAAGAAUGCUGACAUAAAACUCAAACUCUGUUUCAGUGCAAAGUUUAGACCUACUAAGCAAAACAGUCAAGUGGCCAUUAUAUACAACAUCACAAUUGAUGCAGACCUAUAUGCAUCCAGAGUAACCUCCAGGGGGCUAUUUAAAGAAAAUAAUGAAAGAUGCCUGCAGAAGAAUAUGAUAGUAAGUCAAACACAGAGUUGCUCUGAGUACAUCAUCCACAUACAGAAGCCCUCUGAUGUUGUCAGCUCUUUGGAUCUGUGUGUCAACGUCAGUCUGGAAAACCCUGGCACCAGCCCUGCCCUCGAAGCCUACUCUGAGAAGGCCAAGGUCUUCAGUAUCCCUUUCUACAAGGAAUGUGGGGAUGAUGGAGUUUGCAUCUCUGAUCUAGUUCUAGAUGUCCAACAGCUGUCAGCUGCUCAAGAUCAACCCUUUAUUGUCAGCAACCAAAACAAAAGGUUAACAUUUUUAGUAACGCUGAAAAACAAAAGGGAAAGUGCCUACAACACUGCAAUUGUCGUUGAUUUUUCAGAAAACUUGUUUUUCGCUUCCUGGACCAUGCCGGUUGAUGGGACAGAAGUCGUAUGCCAGAUUGCUUCAUCUCAGAAGUCUGUUACCUGUGAUGUAGGCUACCCAGCUUUAAAGACAGAGCAACAGGUGACUUUCAUGAUUAACUUUGACUUCAAUCUUCAAAACCUUCAGAAUCAGGCAUCUGUCAGUUUCCAAGCCUUAAGUGAAAGCUCUGAAGAAAACAAGGCAGAUAAUUUGGUCAAUUUCAAAAUCCCUCUGCUGUAUGACGCCGAAAUUCACAUAACAAGAUCCACCAACAUAAAUUUUUAUGAAGUCUCCUCGGAUGGGAAUGUUCCUUCUGUCGUGCACAGUUUUGAAGAUAUUGGUCCAAAGUUCGUCUUCUCUGUUAAGGUAACAACAGGAAGUGUUCCAGUCAGCAUGGCAUCCGUGAUCAUCCACAUCCCUCAAUACACCAAAGAAAAGAACCCGUUGAUGUAUGUGACUGGGGUGCACACAGAUCAGGCUGGUGACAUCAGUUGUAAUGCUGAAAUAAAUCCACUGAAAAUAGGACACACAGCUUCUUCUGUAUCUUUCAAGAAUGAAAAUUUCCGACACAUAAAAGAAUUGAACUGUAGAAGUGCUACGUGUAGCAAUGUUACCUGCUGGCUGAAAGACCUUCAGGUCAAAGGAGAGUACUUCCUUAAUGUGUCUACCAGAAUUUGGAAUGGGACUUUUGCGGCAUCAACUUUCCAGACAGUACAGCUGACCGCAUCUGCAGAAAUAAACACCUAUAACCCUCAGAUAUAUGUGAUCGAAGAAAACACAGUCACGAUUCCCAUUACGAUAAUGAAACCCCAUGAGAAAGCUGAAGUACCAACUGGAGUUAUAGUAGGAAGUGUAAUUGCUGGAAUCGUUUUGCUAUUAGCUCUGGUUGCAGUUUUAUGGAAGCUUGGCUUCUUCAAAAGAAAAUAUGAAAAAAUGUCCAAAACUGCGGAUGAGAUUGACGAGACCACAGAACUCAACAGCUGAGCCCCACGGCGGUCUCACUGCAACGUGAGCUGUGGCAGCACAGCCAGGGUUUGCUGUUUGUGUGAAUGGAUUUGUUUUAAAUCCCAGUGCUUUAUGUGUAAGCGGUAAAACUCGCCUGAUACUUUACGAAAACUGCAGGCAGUGCAAACAAAGCACAAAACAAAACUCGGGAAUUUGCAAAUUACGAGGAGACCUUGGAAGCCCCCAAAUUAGCAGGUGCACCCUCUGUGCUUGUGUGUUGCUGGAGGACUUAAACUUUCAGAAGAAUGACUCCCACCUGGGCAAGUAUGCUCAUUAGGUAGCUCCUUAGGUCCCAACUCCUGGAACACUUAUUUGGUCAAAAGAGGAUGAAACUCAGUGGUCCAUAUUUUAACAAGCAUCCCAGUCACUAACGUAAAUGGACUGCCUUGGAACGCCACCGUUUCUCCUGCACCUUCUUUUGUUUGAGCCCACACACUCUCCAGGAGGGACUGGGAGAAAGGCAGAGGCAAAGGCAAGUGGGAACUAUUUAAUGUCAGAAACUGCAUACCUAAAGCUUUGGACAAAUCACUUGGCCUCUUUAAACUACAGUGUCCUCAUUAUAAAAUGAGAAGACUGGGUUGGAGUUCAGCAGCAAUGCUUUUAGUUUUGAAAGUCGAAGAUCUGGAUUUCUUACAAUUACAGACAAUCCUCAAAAAACCUGACUUUGAAAACAAGUACGUGCCUGUGUGCCUCAGGCCCAACUGCUCUUCUGGCCUGGCUCCUGCGAGCUAUCUAGAGCUAUCUGUGUUGUCUGGUAACUUAUUUUGUAUUUGACAAAGCAAAACAAACCAGGUGGAAAAAUCAGCCAUAAAAUGGCAGGGGCUUAUAGCUUUGGCUAUCUCUAGAUGUGCUAAAGCCCAAUUCUUAUAACAGCUGUGUGGAUUCAAAUACUUUGAGUCCAAAAUUUUUUUAAAGAGUGGAGGAAAAACCUAAGUUGUUAAAGAAUAUUUAAGAAACCAUGUAACUACUGUGUACAUAUACAGACUAGUUCUUCGGGGUGCUAUACAAAGAAUUCUAGCAGGUCAUUCCUUUUAUUUCACUCUGCCUCGCCUUUCUUACAGAAGCACUAAACUGAGGUCACGUGCCCACGGCGAGCUUGAGUGCUUUGGCCAAGCCGGGGCUUAGGUAGUGUACCUCGUCAGGACUGUCUCCAUGAAGCAGCUGGCUUACUACAACCUAAAAACUUAGCCACUGGUCUCUGUGCCAUUUAUUCCACUGGGGCAGGGUUUCUUUGCCUUGGCCCUGCUGACAAGGGGCUGGGUGACUCCUUGCAGGGGGCUGUCCUGUGCACAGUAGGGUGUUGAGCAGCAUCCCUGGCAGCUACCAGGUGCCAGGAGCAUCCUCUCUCCCAAGUUGUGACAAUAUACAAGUAUCUCCAGACACUGUAUCACACUUCCUGGGAGGCAAAAGUCACCCCAACGGAGAAGCACUGCGCCAGGAGCAAGUGGCCUAAAUGGGCAACAGAUUUGAGGCAGGGGCUCUAGUGAGGAGUAUUUCUCCAACACUUUUAAGCAAAGGCGAGUAUUUAGCCAAGAAAGCAAAGAACAAAACCCCACUGCUUGAAAACAAGUUAUGUAUUCCUAGUCAGCCUUACUUUUGCUUUAAAAGUAAGUAUAAUAUGGGGCUUAAAAAACACCAUCUUAAAGUUUCCAUUUCAUAAAUGGUAUAUAUAGACAAGAUCUGUAGAAUGUGAUUAAAAAGAGUUGCUUCAUGCAUGGCUGCCACACAAGCCAUAUAAAAUAGUAAAAUAGUUUGUAAAGAAGCUGCAUUGAGACUUGAAAUUGUGCAUCAUUCAUUUUAGUAGCAAAAGAACUGGAGAUUUUUUUUCUAGCUGGCAGUGUUCUCUUUAUAAAAUAGUAGAAAUUAUUAACUGUGAAAAAGAACUAAACCCAAAUUUAUCCUAAUCACAUAAGUGAUUAUACAAAAAACUUUCAUAAAAGGUAUAAUUUUAUAAUGUAUUUAUCUCUCCUGAUAUACAGCUGUAAGUUAUUAAAAAUCUCCCACGCUGAUGGUGCGGAGCCUGCUUAGGAUUCUCUCUCUCCACCCUUCCCCGACUCGCUCUAACAAAAAACUUAAAAAUAUAUAUAUAUCGAUUAAGACAUUAAACGGAAAAUAGGAUCCCUCAAACUGAGCACCGUGGCCUAACUUUACUUUUUCAAUUUGCACACGAAAAAUACCUGCAUACAUGACUUUUCAGGACUAUGCCCUUCAUGUGUAUUAACAAAUACCCAUUUUAAACAAUUUGAAAGACUAAACAUCUAGAGGUAGAAGAUAAACAUGAGGGUAAAGUCUGAAAUAAAAAGUGUUAACUACUUCGAACCUUAAAGGAUGAAACCAUUUUUUUAUAUUUACAUAUGGCUAUUUUCAUCUGUACCUGGUUUAUUUUGACAGAUAAAAUGUAUAUAUUGCACAACUAUGUUAGAAUUGUACAUUUUCUAAAGAGAAAGGAUCUUGGAUAUUUUCCUUCAUGUAAAGUAUAAAUCUUUAAAAUGUGAUUAAGUAUAUUUGUUUUUGAUUAACUGGUUUUUGCCUUUUUUCUCUCCAAAAAUAUAAAAAUGAAUGUAUCAUGUUCAUCAAAUUGCACAACUCAUUUGAUUCCUGAGAAAUCAUUAGAAAAGUAAUCAACAUUAACGAGAAAACCUCUUAACUAAGAAUGAGACUCUAAAGUGUUUUUUAAUUAUAAACCACUCUUCAUACCACAUUACUAAAUUAUAAAGUUGUUUUGAAAAUAAAGUUACUGACUUUGGA